UUAUUGGAUAAACGAUCUUGAUCAUCCAUGUUUACGGGAAUGCAAGGACGGUCAUGAGCCGAUGACGUGCGAGUAUGACUGGACCGUGGAAUCGUACUACUCCAUGUCACGUGCCUGCUACCAAUGUCCGUUCAACGAGUUCGAUUGCCAUCGGCCUCACUGCAUACCCAUGGCCGGUUACGCUAGACCCGUCUACUCGGUUAACCGUCGACUACCUGGACCGAGUAUUCAGGUUUGCGAAGAUGAUAUCAUCAAGGUCCAUGUGCACAACCGGAUGCAGAACGAGGAAGGGGAAUCUGUACACUGGCACGGGUUUCAUAUGAGGGGCACACAGUACAUGGAUGGGGUGUCAAGGGUGACCCAGUGUCCCAUCAAUGCCGCCCAUGACUUCACCUACAAGUUCACAGCAACCCAACCAGGUAUGCUAGUAUAAUCCUCUCUAUUCAGGAAGGGGGGUGGUGGUGCAGGAUUUCAUAAAAAAAUGAGGAGGCGGGGCAGCUUGUCCCUCGCAAUGACAAUCAAGAUCCAAAACGCGAGUAAAUUCGAACGCGGCGCGACGCCCACAUUACAGUGGCGUAAUGAGCGAAAUUUUUUAGGGGGCCAGAUAUGGCGUAUUGGGCAAAAUUUAUUUUUUUUAAAGUUUUUUCAAGUGAGCAAGGCGACCGAGCAAAAAUGUGGAUAUCUUUAUUACAAAAAUCAAAUUUUGUGAUAAAAAUUGACAUAAUAAAAAACGAAUAUAUUUCACUCUUUUUUCCCUUCUCUCUUUUGUCUUCUUGGACGUAAUUUUUUUUGGGGGAGGGGGGCAAGCGCCCCAAGCAAAGGCCCCAAGCCCCCUUUCUGUACGCCCCUGCCACAUAAUGCACCCAUACACACACAGCCCUCCCCCACACUCAGCACCACUUCAUUACUUUUCCGAGGAUCCAAAUCAACCAGCCACUUAAUAGUUUAUACUCAUUUUUUAAAGAAAAAACUAUACUAUCUUUUCUAAGAUCCUG